AUGGCCCUCCUCUCAUCCAAAACCCUCAUCCAAGCGCACGCGCUCUUCACAUUCAUCCUCGCCGUCUACCUCAUCGCCUCCCCCAGCGCCAUCACCGAAUCAGACAUCAUCUUCAUAAUCGGCGAAGCAAUGCAAAUCGACCUCGACCCCGCAAUGACAACAGCGUAUUACCCGCUCGCCAUCUGCGCCAUCUUACUAAGUGGCGAGGCUUUGACCGACCUGAUCAUCGCGCGCAAACUGCCGCAAAUCGACGACAUCCUCUCCACCGUCCAACACGAGCAACGCCGCACCGAAGACACAGGCUUUUCGCGCAUUACGCUCCAAAAACCGAAACAGAGCAUCAAUGCAUUGACCAUUCAACUCGCGACGCUGUAUAAUGAAAUAUGGACGUUCAUUGCGGGUGCACGAUUCUGUUUCUUUUUCGCGGUUUCGUUGUUUAUCUAUACGAGUGGAGGGAAAUCGAGCGGUUUGGCGUGGGAGGAUAGUGAUGAUGCGCAAAUGAAAUUGGGUUUGGAGCAGGUUAAGAGUAGGGUUGUGUUUACGUAUGCGUUUGUGGAGAUGAUGUUUUGGUUAUGGACACUGUCGAAUGUGCGCGAGGAACGACGCGAGGUGGCUGCUCGCCUGGCGCAGCAACAAGCCGCCGAGAACGAGCGGAAUCUCAAGCUCUAG